UUUCGUGGGGGAGAACGUUGAUUGUAAACUGCGUUGUUAUUUAUUUGUUGUGGAAUAGCGGCACUUCGAGACAAAGAAAAGAACCACCCAAUUCAAUUAUACUAUUUUCUUUCUUUCACUUUAUCCCUUCUUCGUUCCUCUCUAACUCCAUUUUUCUUCUCAAACAACAUGAUGUGGGAAUGGGAAGAUUACGAAGACACCAUCACCGAACCCGAACCCGAACCCGAUUCCGAUUCCGAUUCCCACCUCAAUUUCGAUUUCUUCUCCGCCCUCUCCAGACCCAAGGAUUAUUAUAAGAUACUGGAAGUGGAUUACGACGCUACGGAUGACGCUAUUCGUUCCAAUUACAUUCGCCUCGCGCUGAAGUGGCACCCGGACAAGCACAAAGACCAUAACUCUGCUACCUCGCGAUUCCAAGACAUAAACAAAGCCUAUCAGGUUUUGAGUGAUCCAGUCAAAAGGAGGGAAUAUGACAUAAAUGGGAUGCGCUACGAAUAUGAUUACAAUAUCAUUGAUUAUCUCAACCGUUACAAGGGCCUUAUAUUGACGUGCAAUGGCCUUGGCAUAAAGCAUUCGAUAUGGUAAAACAAAACCAACAUCACAGACAUCCUUCCAGUGCAUCUGGGACAGUUUUUUGAAGUACCUGUCACUGCAAGCCAUGCUUAUUAAUGAAGAUAUCUGAUUAUGAUGUCCUAGAGAGAGUUUCUUGUUUUUUGUAUAAAAAAAAGGACAAAAUGGGACUUCUACCUCUUUUAACGUCGAAUGCUCUCGCCUCCCCUGCCUUCUUUCAAAUUUGUGUUUAUAUCAUCUCACCCUGCUAUUUUAUC